UCCCUCCUCGCUCGCUCUCACACACACCCCCGCUUGGGCCUCCUCUCUCUCCGGCUCCAUUUUCUCCGCCGCCGGGGGCCGGGGUCGCCUCUGGGGGGCCCAGCCGGUACCCCAGGUCUCCCAUCAGGGCCGGGGUGAACCCCCGGGGGAGCCGGGAGGGGGGGAGACGGGCGGGGGUAGGGGCGGAGGGAGUAGCGGCCCCAGCGAGUUUGGGGGGGAAGUAACCAGGCGGGGGGAGGGGCGGAGCAGGGAGGGGGCCUCAGGGCCCCCCCCCAACUAUGGACGAGCGGCUACUGGGGCCGCCCCCUCCAGGCGGGGGCCGGGGGGGCCUGGGAUUGGUGGGUGGGGAGCCUGGGGGACCUGGCGAGCCUCCCGGUGGCGGAGACCCCGGUGGGGGUAGCGGGGGGGUCCCGGGAGGCCGAGGGAAGCAAGACAUCGGGGACAUUCUGCAGCAGAUAAUGACCAUCACCGACCAGAGCCUGGACGAGGCCCAGGCCAAGAAACACGCUCUAAACUGCCACCGAAUGAAGCCUGCUCUCUUUAGCGUCCUGUGUGAAAUCAAGGAGAAAACCGGCCUCAGCAUUCGAAGCUCCCAAGAGGAGGAGCCGGUGGACCCACAGCUGAUGCGCUUGGACAACAUGCUUCUGGCAGAGGGUGUGGCUGGGCCUGAGAAAGGGGGGGGCUCAGCGGCAGCAGCUGCAGCUGCUGCAGCCUCCGGGGGCGGCGUGUCCCCUGACAACUCCAUCGAACACUCAGACUAUCGCAGCAAACUUGCCCAGAUCCGCCACAUCUACCACUCGGAGCUGGAGAAGUAUGAGCAGGCAUGUAACGAGUUCACAACCCACGUCAUGAACCUGCUGAGGGAGCAGAGCCGCACGCGGCCCGUGGCACCCAAGGAGAUGGAGCGCAUGGUGAGCAUCAUCCAUCGAAAGUUCAGCGCCAUCCAGAUGCAGCUCAAGCAGAGCACUUGCGAGGCCGUCAUGAUCCUGCGUUCCCGCUUCCUGGAUGCCAGACGAAAACGCCGUAACUUCAGCAAACAGGCCACUGAGGUCCUAAAUGAGUACUUCUACUCCCACCUGAGUAACCCAUAUCCUAGUGAGGAGGCUAAGGAGGAGCUUGCCAAGAAGUGCGGAAUCACCGUCUCGCAGGUCUCCAACUGGUUUGGCAACAAGCGGAUUCGCUAUAAGAAAAAUAUUGGAAAGUUCCAAGAGGAGGCAAACAUCUAUGCCGUCAAAACCGCCGUGUCUGUCACCCAGGGGGGCCACAGCCGCACCAGCUCCCCAACACCCCCUUCCUCCGCAGGCUCUGGUGGCUCUUUCAAUCUCUCAGGAUCCGGAGACAUGUUUCUGGGGAUGCCCGGGCUCAACGGAGAUUCCUACUCUGCUUCCCAGGUGGAAUCACUCCGGCAUUCAAUGGGGCCAGGGGGCUACGGGGAUAACCUCGGGGGAGGCCAGAUGUACAGCCCUCGGGAAAUGAGGGCAAAUGGUGGCUGGCAGGAGGCUGUGACCCCAUCCUCAGUCACAUCCCCAACAGAGGGACCAGGGAGCGUUCACUCUGACACUUCCAACUGAUCUCGCCCCUCAGGGCCACAGGGGUAUGGGGCUCACAAGGCGACUCUUGAAGAGGACGCAGGCAUCCAGAGGACAAACCCCAGACACAGGAGAAGCACAAGACAGAGAAGGGCAAAUGGGGUUGUCCCCUCCCCCACCAAACUCUCAGUGCUGGGGGUGCUGAUUACAUGGCGGGAAGAAUGGGGUCCCCUAAGGGGAUAGUGGGGUCUGUCUCCCCCUUUUCUCCUUUUCUUUCUCCCUUUCUUGCAUAGAAACACACCUAUUUUUCAGAUCCCUUUCUCUUCCCUUCCUCUCUAUCUCAUAUACACACACAUACAACUAUUCUGUUUCUCUCUCUCUCUCUGGGCUCCCCCAUCUCCCUCCCCCACCCCACUUAUCUGCUCUGGGAUCUGUGGAGACGCCAGCCCUGCCUGACCAGAGAUGCCAAAAAUGGGGACACAACUUCUGGACAGAGGACAUGGGCCACGCCCCUGUGCCUCCCCACCCCCCGCCCCUCCAGACGGCUUUAUUACCUCAUACGCAGCUCAUCUUAAACCAAUAGAAUCGCUCGGUGGACGAGAGUGUCUGACUCAGAUAUCUACCUCGGAGGGAGUUUCUGCUACUUUAGGGAAUUGUUGACUGGGCUUUGGGGUUGAACUUUUUUUUUUUUUUUUUUCAAGGAAAGAAAAAGAAACCCUGGGAUCCAUCUGUAUUUUUUUGAUUUUUUUGUUUUGUUGUUGUUGUUGGUUCUUAAAUUUUUAAUUUAGUCUGGGGAAGUAGAUGUUUUUAUAAAUAUGUUGAUCUCUUUUUUUUUUUUGAUUUCUUGCUUUCCCAUAUUAGGGGUGAUAGCCAAAGGGGUCAAGAUAAGAGAAGGGGGAACAAAUAGAACUGGUGAAGAGGCCCACCUGGCUCCCCUCCUGUCCAUCAGGAAGUACAUUUAGCAGGACACCAAGCCUGCCCCCCUACAAUCACCUAGGUGUUCUCCUUUGCUUGUAAACCAGGUGUUCCUUGCUUGUGCAGGCAGCUU